GGCCAAGUCCGCCGAGGGGAGCCGCCGAGAUGGCCCGGGCUCUGCGCUGGGGCGUCCUGUCCGCCGGCCUUAUCUCCCAUGACUUCGUCACGGCCCUGCGGAGUCUGCCUCGCUCCGAGCACCAGGUAGUAGCCGUGGCCGCCAGGGACCUCGGCCGGGCCCAGGACUUUGCCAGGAGGCACGAAAUCCCCAAGGCCUACGGCUCUUACGAGGACCUGCUGGAGGACCCCGACGUGGACGUGGUGUAUGUGGGCACCCAGCACCCGCAGCACUUACGGGGGGUCCUGCAGAGCUUGGAGGCUGGCAAGCCGGUGCUGUGCGAGAAGCCUCUCGGGGUCACUGCGGCUGAGGUCCGAGAGAUGGUGGCGGCCGCCCGGACCCGAGGCCGCUUCCUGAUGGAGGCCAUCUGGACCCGCUUCUUCCCCGCGGCGGAGGCGCUGCGGGCUGUGCUGGCGCAGGGCACCCUCGGGGAGGUGCGCCUGGUCCGGGCCGACUUUGGAAUGCACCCCGAAUUGAAUUUUCCGUCCCGCGUAACUGACUGGGCCCAGGCAGGGGGCGGGCUGCUGGACGUGGGCAUCUACUGCCUCCAGUUCAUCUCCAUGGUGGCGGGGGCCCAGCGGCCUGAAAAGAUCCACGCUGUGGGGCUGCUUCACGAGAAGGGUGUGGAUGACACGGUGACAGUGGUCCUCCAGUACCCCGGCGGGCUCCAGGCCUCCUUCACCUCUAGCAUCACCACUGUGCUGCCCAACUCCCUCACCGUGUUUGGAACCCAGGGCCAAGCACAGAUCCCUUCCACCAUGUGGUGCCCCACUGAGCUGGUCGUGAACGGGAAGCGCUCCGAGUUCCCACUGCCCGCCGUUGCCGGCACGGAGACGUUCAAUUUCGUCAAGUCCAUCGGCCUGGUGUAUGAGGCCCAGCACGUGCGGCAGUGUCUGCUGCAGGGUCUGAAGGAGAGCCCUGUCAUGCCCUUGGCAGAGAGUGAGCUCCUGGCAGACAUCCUGGAGGAAGCAAGGAGGCAGAUCGGGCUCCGGUUCAGCCAGGACAGAACCUGAGCUUCCAGCCUAUCCCCUGCCCAGCCGAGCGGCUUCUCCAGCUUCAUGACCCUAAGACGGCAAACUCGGCGGAGUGGGCCGGAGUGGGCCGAGGCCUGCCCUUGGAGUUUGCGUCUCUGCCCUGCCACUUCCGUGUUUAGCCCAAACUCCCUCCCUCGGUUUCCUUGCCUGUGAAUGAAGGAAUCCCUAUGGCUAGCCCUAGAAUUCUAAAUGAAGCAAGAUGAAGGCGGGUUGCUGCAGGCAGCUCAGAGUCCUGGGAAAUCUGGCAAAUGCUACAAAUCAAGUCUUGAUUUCUGGUUCUGUAAGAAAGUGGGGAAGAAACGUUCUCGUUCAUGAUGCUGAUUAAAUGGGAAAGUAUGUUGCCAGCAUUUUCUUGUGUCAACUAAAAGUCAGAGGAUAAUUUAGGUCCUAGAAAUGAGAAAAGCUGUUGAAUGAAUAAAAUCAAGGCAAUUCAAAUGAGAA